AUGGGUGACUACUCGAAAGCACUUGAAUUUUACGAAAAAUCACUUAAAAUAAGAGAAAAAGCUCUGCCUCCGAAUCAUCCCGAUUUGGCUACUUCCUACAACAGCAUCGGUUUGGUGUAUUACCACAUGAGUGACUACUCGAAAGCACUUGAAUUUUACGAAAAAGAUCUCGAAAUCACGAAAAAAGCUCUACCUCCGAAUCAUCCCGAAUUGGCUAUUUCUUACAACAACAUCGGUUCAGUGUAUAACAACAUGGGUGACUACUCGAAAGCACUUGAAUUUCACGAAAAAUCACAUAAAAUCGACGAAAAAGCUCUGCCUCCGAAUCAUCCUCAUUUGGCUAGCUCCUACAACAACAUCGGUGCAGUGUAUUACCACAUGGGUGACUACUCGAAUGCACUUGAAUUUUACGAAAAAUCACGUCAAAUCUUCGAAAAAACUCUGCCUCCGAAUCAUCCCUCAUUGGCUACUUCCUACGGCAACAUCGGUCAAGUGUAUCAGAAUAUGGGUAACCACUCAAAAGCACUUGAAUUUUACGAAACAUCACAUCAAAUCUACGAAAAAGCUCUGCCUUCGAAUCAUCCUCAUUUGGCUACUUCCUACACAUGCAUCGGUCAAGUGUAUAACAACAUGGGUGACUACUCGAAAGCACUUGAAUUUUACGAAAAAGCACAUAAAAUAAAAGAAAAAGCUCUGUCUCCCAAUCAUCCCUCAUUGGCUACUUCCUACAACAACAUCGGACAAAUGUAUGACAAGAUGGGUGACUACUCGAAAGCACUUGAAUUUUACGAAAAAUCACUUAAAAUAAGAGAAAAAGCUCUGCCUCCGAAUCAUCCCGGUUUGGCUCAAUCCUACAACAACAUCGGUGCGGUGUAUUACUACAUGGGUGACUACUCGAAAGCACUUGAAUUUUACGAAAAAGCACAUAAAAUAAAAGAAAAAGCUCUGUCUCCCAAUCAUCCCGAUUUGGCUACUUCCUACAACAACAUUGGUAUGGCGUAUUCCGGCAAAGGAGACUACUCGAAAGCACUUGAAUUUUACGAAAAAGAUCUCGAAAUCAUGGAAAAAGCUCUGCCUCCGAAUCAUCCCGAUUUGGCUAUUUCAUAUGGCAACAUCGGUCAAGUGUAUAACAACAUGGGUGACUACUUGAAAGCACUUGAAUUUAACGAAAAAGCACAUCAAAUCUUCGAAAAAGCUCUGCCUUCGAAUCAUCCUCAUUUGGCUACUUCCUACACAUGCAUCGGUCAAGUGUAUCACAACAUGGGUGACUACUUGAAAGCACUUGAAUUUUACGAAAAAGCACAUAAAAUCUUCGAAAAAGCUCUGCCUUCGAAUCAUCCUCAUUUGGCUGCUUCCUACACAUGCAUCGGUCAAGUGUAUCACAACAUGGGUGACUACUUGAAAGCACUUGAAUUUUACGAAAAAGCACAUAAAAUAAAAGAAAAAGCUCUGCCUCCGAAUCAUCCCUCAUUGGCUACUUCCUACAAUAGCAUCGGUGAAGUGUAUAACAACAUGGGUGACUACUCGAAAGCACUUGAAUUUUACGAAAAAUCACAUCAAAUCUACGAAAAAGCUCUGCCUCCGAAUCAUCCCUCAUUGGCUACUUCCUACAAUAGCAUCGGUCAAGUGUAUAACAACAUGGGUGACUACUUGAAAGCACUUGAAUUUCACGAAAAAGAUCUCGAAAUCACGAAAAAAGCUCUGCCUUCGAAUCAUCCCUCAUUGGCUUCUUCCUACAACAACAUCGGUUUGGUGUAUAACAACAUGGGUGACUACUCGAAAGCACUUGAAUUUUACGAAAAAGAUCUCGAAAUCACGAAAAAAGCUCUGCCUCCGAAUCAUCCCGAUUUGGCUACUUCCUACAACAACAUCGGACAAAUGUAUGACAAGAUGGGUGACUACUCGAAAGCACUUGAAUUUUACGAAAAAGAUCUCGAAAUCACGAAAAAAGCUCUGCCUCCGAAUCAUCCCGAUUCGGCUACUUCCUACAACAACAUCGGUCAAGUGUAUAACAACAUGGGUGACUACUCGAAAGCACUUGAGUUUUACGAAAAAGCGCUUAAAAUCGACGAAAAAGCUCUGCCUUCGAAUCAUCCCGAUUUGGCUACUUCCUACAACAACAUCGGUGGAGUGUAUGACGACAUGGAUGACUACUCGAAAGCACUUGAAUUUCACGAAAAAGCACUUAAUAUAAGAGAAAAAGCUCUGCCUUCGAAUCAUCCCGAUUUGGCUAUGUCGUACUGGCACUUCGGCUCGAUAAAUGAGAAGAUGCAUAAAUAUUCGGAGGCACUUUCCUUUUUAGAAAAGGCACUUUCUAUCUUUAAAAUAUCACUUCCACCUACCCAUCCUCAUAUUCAAUCGGUGAGAAACGCGAUUGACAAUGUAAGAAAGAAAAUCUAA